UGUUGUUGAGAAAUCGAUUAUAGAAAUAUUGGUUAUAGAUAAAUGUGAUAGUUCCAUAAUUUAGUUACCUACGGAAAGCUUAUAUGUCAUGUGAAUGGGACAAUUACAUAGAAUCUGAGGGGCAAGUCUUUAAGGGAGGUUGUGUUGAUUUCCGAGAUAAGUUGAAGAAGUUUUCUGUUGAAUGUGGUUUUGAUUUGAAGUAUUUGAAGAAUGAUAAGAAUCGCAUUAGUGCGGACUGUUAUUAGAAGGAAUCUGAAGGUUGUCUUUGGCGUGUGUAUGCAUCCAAGUGUGAUAUUAAUGACUUUUUUGUUAUUCGGAAGUUGCAUAAUCUGCAUACAUGCAAGGGUAUGAUUCGAAAGAAGAAAAACAAAGUUGUUGGACGACAGUUUGUUGCUUCUCUCAUCAAGGAUAAGGUUCAGUCAACUCCUCUUAUUAAACCGAAGGAGAUCAUUUCAAACUUAAAACAGUUUUAUGGAUUAGAUAUUGAUUAUUCUACUGCAUAUUUUGGCAAACAGAUGGCAGUUUUUGGGUUAAAUGGUGAUGAUGUUGAUGUUUACAAGUUCUUGCCUUGGUAUGUUGAAUCUGUUCGUUCAAGCAAUCCUGGAUCUGUUUUUGAGCUUGAAGUUGUACCGGAGAGCAAUAGAUUUCUUCGUUUGUUUAUUGCUUAUGAUGCAUGGAUAAAAGGUUUCAUGUUUUGUCGCUCGAUGUUAUUCAUUGAUGGUACUUUUAUUAAGAGCAAAUACAAGGGAACACUUCUGUCUUGCUGUGCAAAAAAUGGCAACGAUGAGAUUUUUGAGGUUGCUUAUGCUAUUGUUGAUUCAGAAACGAUAGCAAAUUGGAGAUGGUUAUUGGCAAUAUUAUCUGGUAUAUUGAGGCCUCAAAGGAGGGUGAUCACAUUUAUGUCAGAUAGACAUGAUGAUAUUUUGAAGAGAAUUCGAGUGUCCACAUUCAUUUUAUAUUGUUCAUUUAAAACAGAAUGUGAGUACUUUAUUUCCAAAGGCUGCUGGUGAAGGACUAAAGAAGAAAAUCAUGAAUCUGUUGGCAAAUUGUGCGUACGCAUGUACUCCGUCUGAUUUUGAUGAUUGCAUGGCGGAAUUCAAGGAUAAUGGGCAAGGGCAUGUGAAGAAUUUUUUGUGUGAUUUGCCAAGAGAGAACUAUGUUAUUGCUCAUUUUCCUGGUAAGAGAUGGGGAUCGAUGAGCAAUGCACUUUCAGAAUCUUUUAAUGCCAUGGUGUCGAAUAGUCGUUGUAUGCUACUUAUGGAUCUUCUUGAAGACAUUAGAGUUUGGUUGAUGGGUAGUAUGGCUGAGAAAAGAAUAUUUGGUUAGAAUAUUCAUACGAUUUUGUGUCCAAAGAAAGAAAAUGAGAUGAAGUUGAUGUUGAAUGAGGGCAUGCAUUGGAGGAUUAGUCGUUCUGAUGCGGAUGUUUUUUAAGUUAGGACGGAGUGGAAUCGGUUUGUUGUUUUUUUGGAUGAUAGGAUAUGUUCUUGUGUGCAAUGGCAACAUAAUUGUUUCCCAUGUUCUCAUGCUUUGCAAGUGUUGCAACAUGAUAAUCGUGAUGUUUUUUUAUUACAUUGAUGAUUACUGGAAAGCAAGCUUUUAUUGGAAAACAUAUCAAUUUGUCAUGCAUCCAUUUUCAGAUUUCGAAAAGCCGAAAGUUGAUACUAUCAUAAAUGGUGUGAGGCCUCCAAUUACAAAGAUUCCGUCUAGAAGACCAAAGAAAACUAGGAUCAAAUUUGUUGGAGAAAUCAGUGGGAGUAAGAAGAUUGUCACUUGUAGUAGGUGUGGUUGUUCGGGACAUAACAAGGUUUCAUGUAAAGUUUUUAUACAAGAACUUGUAAGAAAACAAUCAAGAGUUUUUGGUGAUAUGUAACAGAUUUUCAUUU